AUGGCCACCGAACACGCAUCGGUAAAGCUAAAAAGAGCUCUGCUCCAUCUCAUCUCGCUCCAAAAAGAAGAGGACACUGCUUGCAGUCAUUGCCAGGGUGGACACUCACACAAACGACGGGGGCAACAUCUUCUUAACUCAGACACUUGGGACCAGCUUGAAGCUCUCCGUCGUAUACUCUGCGAACUGUGUCCAGACAACGAGAUCCCGCCUGAGAUAGAUGAGGAUAUUGAUGAAGUGAUCGCCUAUCGAAACAGCCACACUCUAUUGACGUCCACGACCUCCAUUCCUCCAAGUGUAACUCUCCAACAUCCAGUCAUCGAGGAUGCAAAUCCAUUCAGACUAUCCUCCUGGAACGGAGAUAUCACUACGUUGACAGACGUCACGGCUAUCGUCAACGCAGCGAAUUCUGGGCUCCUGGGUUGCUUCAACCCCGAGCACCGCUGCAUUGACAAUGUGAUUCAUUCGGCUGCCGGUCCACACCUUCGCCAGGCGUGUCGCCUUAUCAUGGAUUGGCAGACAGACCCCGAGCCUGCAGGACUAGCCAGAAUCACACCGGGAUUCCAUCUUCCAGCCGCGGGGGUUCUUCAUACUGUCGGACCUCAACUGCGUCACCGCGAGACGCCCCAGCCCCAUCAUAAGAAUCAGCUAGCCUCGUGCUAUCGUUCCUGUCUGGAUGCGGCAGAAAUGCUGCAUCCUCUCCCAGAUCAACGCAAAGUGGUCGCAUUCUGCUGCAUAUCCACCGGUCUAUUUGCUUUUCCUUCUGACAUGGCGGCACGAAUUGCUGUGGAUACGGUCAAGGCAUGGCAUCUCGAGCACCCGAUGACCAGCAUUACAGAUGUCAUAUUCAAUACGUACUUGGAGAAAGAUCAAAAGAUCUACCAAAAUCUGUUACAAUCACUACAAAACACUCAAUCUGAUGAGGAUAAUGGCUCUCUAAGCUCAACAUCAACAAUAACUCCAAUGCCUCCACUCCUUCUACCGUCGCUACACACAACCGGAACCAUCAAAUCUCGCGCCUGGAUAGAAGACGCCGACGCCCUGAUAAUCUCAGCAGGAGCCGGACUCUCCGCCGCAGCAGGGCUGGACUACAACUCCCACGACCUCUUCACAAAGCACUUCCCUGCAUUUCGCUCAAAGGGUCUACGCCGAUUAUACGACGUGAUGGGAUACAACGGCUGGAGCAGCGACUCCGAGAAAUGGGGCUACUACUUCUUACAUCUAGACACGGUGCGAAAAUGGCCGGUAUCGCCUAUCUAUGAGAAACUUCGUGGCCUCACGGCGAGAUUUCCAAAGAAACAUUUCAUACGCACUUCGAAUGCAGAUGGUCUCUUCGUGAAGAAUGGGUUUGAUGGAGAUCUUGUUGCGACGCCGCAGGGUCAAUAUCGUUUUUUGCAAUGCUUUGAUAAAUGCCAGCCUGAUGCAUAUGUUCUUUCGGAUCCCCUUGUUGAUGCCGCGUUGCCGUUUAUCGACUCCAAGUCUCAGGUUUUGAUGGAUGAGUCUAAGAUUCCGAAAUGUCGGCUUUGCGGUGGGGACAUGACUCUGUGUGUUCGUGGGGGGACGUAUUUCAACUCUAAACCCUUUCGAGACCAAGAGCUCGCUUGGAAGAAGUUUUUGCGGGGGCUGGAGAACGAGAAAGAUGAGAAUCCAUCACAUCCACCUAAAAAGGUCGUUGUGCUUGAACUUGGCGUUGGCCUGAAUACGCCUGGUGUAUUGCGAUGGCCAAACGAGAACUUAGUCUCCGAGUCUCCGAACAAAACAUUUCGAUUGAUUCGGAUUGGCAAAGAAGCAUCCGGGUGUGUGCCUUGGGAACUUGAGGAGGAGGACCUAGGUGUAGGAGUUACUGGGGAUGUUGUGGCUGCUUUGGAUCUAAUCAUUCCCUCCGUUUGA